CAGCAUGUACGCUACCAGCUUCCUUCAAGAAACAUAAGUGAAAAGUCGCGAAGUCCCGGGAUACUUAACCAGCUGGACCGAAUCACUCCUCCUUGCGAUCUCAUCGAUGUGCUUCUUCCACUACCCAGCCCCCAAGCCAGCACCGAGGCACAAGGGGGGUAGGAGGGAGAAGAGCACAGUGACGACGAGAAGGAGGAGAACAGCAAGUAUCGAGGAUAUCGAGGAGGCGGCACGCAGGGCAGCCGAAGAGGCACUCGACCAGGCUUUUCCGAUGGCGCCUUACGAGUCGAGCGUGAAUGAGAUGCACCACUAUUAUCACUAUCCGUGUCGGGGCUAUAACGCCAGAGGCGGCUGCGAGGACCGUCGGUCGCGCGAGAGCCCCCCGAGCUACAACCACAUCACGCAGAGUCAAUUGGCGUCUCACGGUGAGGCGCUGAGGGACGCCCUCGAGGCAGCACGCGGUAACGGACGAAAGAUAGACGAGGUAAAAGCAUCUGUCCAGGAGGCCGCCCGCGAGGUGCGCGAGGCGCGCGACGCGAUCGCGAAGAACCAGAGCGACCAGGCGGGAGGACGAGACGCGUGCGCCGCCGAGAUCGGCCGAGUACGCCGCCUGAUGGAAGAGGAGGCAGCGAGGCGCGAAGAGGCCCGGCAGAGCCAACGGAACAUGCAGGAGGCGUGGAACUACGUCCAAUGGUUCCGGCAAGCGGGCGCGGAGCCGAAGACCUCAUCAACGUCAUCGACUAGCAGUAGCAGCAGGAGUGGCAAGUCGCGCAGAAGUCGAUCGUCAGUGGAGGAGGAAAUUCGCGAGGAGAAGAGGCGGUGGAAGUUGGAGCAGCAGCAGCACGACGAGGAUGUCAAAAGGUCGGUGUUGGGGUAUAUGAACGAGUUUCUCACAGAGGCACGACCUCGCGGAGGCAUUACCGGUAAAGCCAAUACCGAUACUAAGAACGGAAGUGGCGGCGCCACGUCUGAGGAACAGCAGCACCCGCGCGGUGAGCAUCAUAACCACUUCCACGCCUAUGCUUACGCCCCCGCGCCUCAUGAUCAUCCCGCUCAUCAGGCUCCGCCGCCACCCCAGUGGGCUCCUGGGGCGAACUGCGCGGACCCCCGCCGCGUUGGUGGCUGGCAACAGCAUCAGCAGGGCCAUCCCCUGUUUGUAGACCAGAACGACCCUUACAACGCGAACAUGGUAUUUUGCGGCGGCGAAUGGGUCGCCGGAGCCGGAGUAGGUGGUGGCCAAGGUUUACCUCGAUAUCUGUGCAGACACGAUGUGGUGGGUGGAGGCGGCUGGGGUCCCGGCGGCUACGCGCCGAGGUUUAUGUAACAAUUGGAUGUCGAGUUGCUUGCUUGCCUACCUGCCCGUGCAUUUCUCGAAAUAGGCGUCUGCGUGCUCAUGUAUUCCCGUGCCGUGCGUUGCGACAAGAAGUGCGUGCUGUGCGUAGAUACUACCCACCUAACGUAGUAUGCGAGCGUCAGGCGUGGACGGGCAGCCUAGUCGGGAUUUUCUCACGUGCCCCGUGUUCGACGAGGUCGCAAGGCGCGGCAGGGCACGGCAGGACGCAGGCGAAGGGUGCUGUGGCAUAC